UGUCAACAAAUUGCCUUAGAGAGCAUCUAAAAUGAAUAGUGUGAUGGAUACACUGCAUGGGUUUGGGGUGAGUAGCACCCAAUACCUGCAAACCCAUUACAAAGAUGCCCAGGGAUGGUUCCUUUUUGUCUCCUUUGCUGCAGACCUGAGAAAUACCUUCUUCAUCUUCUUUCCCAUCUGGUUCCAUCUAAAAGAAUCAGUUGGCAUCAAGCUUAUCUGGGUGGCUGUGAUUGGAGAUUGGCUCAAUCUGGUCUUUAAAUGGAUCUUGUUUGGAGAACGUCCAUACUGGUGGGUCCAUGAGACUUCCUACUACACAAACAGCUCUGCUCCACACAUCGAGCAGUACCCCAUGACCUGUGAGACUGGCCCAGGUAGCCCAUCUGGUCACGCUAUGGGUGCUGCUGGUGUCUACUACGCCUUGGUCACCUCCAUCCUGGCCAUAAUGCUGAACAAGGAGAAGAAAACGUCAUCCAAGAGCCUGUACUUGCGUGGUUCAUUCUGGACUCUCUUCUGGAUGGUCCAGGUCUGUGUAUGUCUCUCCAGAGUCUUCAUUGCUGCCCAUUUCCCCCAUCAAGUUAUCGUCGGUGUUAUUACAGGCAUGAUUGUUGCAGAGGCCUUCAACAGACAAAAGUGGAUCUACAACGCUAGUCUGAAAAAUUACUUCAACAUUACAUUAUUCCUUCUCUCUUUUGCGGUGGGCUUCUAUGUGCUCCUUAAAGCUCUGGGUGUGGAUCUCCUGUGGACCCUAGAGAAAGCCCAGAAAUGGUGCGUCAAUCCAGCCUGGGUCCAUAUGGACACCACCCCCUUCGCCAGCCUGUUGAGAAACAUGGGCACCCUCUUUGGUUUGGGACUCGGCCUUCACUCACCACUGUACACUGAGAGAAAGAAGAGCAGCAAUGCUAGUGUCAGGAUUGUCUGUAUUGUCACCUCUCUCUUCCUGCUGCAUCUCUUCGAUUCCAUCAAGCCUCCGACACACACGGCUGCUCUCUUCUAUCUGCUGUCUUUCUGCAAGAGUGCCACCGUUCCCCUUGCCACAGUCAGCAUCAUCCCAUACUGUGUGUCUGGAGCUCUCGGAUUACACAGCAAGAAGCAGCUUUAAGCUGGGAAAGAACUCUACAAGACUGUAAGACAACUACGCAACAAUUUACAGUAUUUUUUAAACUAGUUAGUUUUCACAAUUCAUCCCAUCAGUCAAAGGAACAAUGCCGUAAUGAUCAACUUUAGACUUUUUGAAAUGUGUUUUCUAACUAAAGGGAAGCAGAUAACUAGAGUUUAAAUUAAGCACUGUUAUAUUGCAAGUAUUGUUAAGGAUUGUGUUUUGUUAGAAAAAAAAUUAUUUGUACCUUUUGUUAAAGGUUGUAUAACUUAUAUCUUUGUGCUUUUGGAUCUACAAGAAAAGGUCUGUUUAAACGUAAGUGUUUUUGCUUAAGUUCUUUUUUGAGAACUAAAAGACUAUAUAUAGGAGGACAAAUUUUGUUCUCCCUAAGAAUUAUAUAUUUUUUUUAGAUGUAUUUUCUUUAAUAUUCUAUUUUUGGAAAAUGUUUAGGUCAUUUUUAAUAAAACACUGAAAAUAUA